GACAUAACUCUACGCGAAAGUACUCUUAUCAAUGGUCCAGGGCAAAACAAAAGGCCUUCAAAGCAAGGCCUCGUCUUCAAGGCAAGCUGCCAAGGCCGCUGCCAACCCGAAAAAAGGGAAACGGUAUAUUCCGCCCAAAAAGACCGCUCUGGUCAAGCAGGCGUCCAUGAGGCAGUCACUAACGGCCAAGAUAAACAAAUCUAUUGAACACCAAAUGGUGUCUGCUGCAUCAGCCGGCAAACUCACGAUCAUGAAAAACACCGCUGAUGCGUAUGGUCGAUAGUCCCGUGUACGGAUAAUAUGAAUUUACCUCCAUUCUGUGCAGCGAACCACCCAAGGUGACUCCAGGUGGCAAGGCCUCUAAAUCUUGACAGGUCGUGUGCUGUUGCUCAUGUGAUUUUACGGAUUUGACCUCGAGCAUUCCGUCGGGAAAAUAGGGCUCCGCGUGCCCAACCGACAGACACAGUUCGCAUGUCAACUGAGUGACCUGAUAUCAAACGCCACAGAGAAGGUUGAUGGAUGACAGUAUAUUAUAAAUGACUAUAGCAUGUUUGAACAAUUGCAAAGUAUAAUGAUCAAGCAAAAGUACACAGACAU